UCGUAGUUUUACCAACGUCUCUGAGUGUCUCUUCGUUCUGCGCUCCACUGCUUCCAUCCAACUACUGCUGCGCUGCAAAUACUCUGACACCAGCUGCCCCUUGCUGCAUCAAGUGGUGGAACUGGGGCCCUGGACCCCCAUUAUACCCCUCCAUGGGGCUGUAGGAUGCCCUGCAUGGAUGGGGGGUCCUCCUGCCAGUGGGGAAAGGUGACUCUACGGCCCAUCGGCCCCUUCCUUCCUUUCUUCCAGAUCCUGAUCAUCAAGGCGGCCAAGCAGAAGGGCAUCGAGGUGACCUGCGAGGUGGCCCCGCACCACCUCUUCCUCUGCCAGGAGGACCUGGGGCGCAUCGGGGAGGGGCGGGGCCAGGUGCGCCCCACGCUGGGCACCCGGGAGGACAUGGAGGCCCUCUGGGAGAACAUGGCCACCAUCGACUGCUUCGCCACCGACCACGCUCCCCACACUCUGGAGGAGAAGCUGGGCAAGACCCCCCCUCCGGGCUUCCCCGGCCUGGAGACCAUGCUGCCCCUGCUGCUGACAGCCGUCUCUGAAGGGCGCUUGACCGUGGAGGACAUUGUCGCCCGCCUUUACGAGAACCCCCGGCGCAUCUUCGGCCUCCCCCUCCAGGAAGACACCUAUGUGGAGGUGGACCUGGAGCAGGAGUGGCUGGUGCCCCCCAGCACCGCCUUCAGCAAGUCCCGCUGGACGCCCUUCGAGGGGAUGCGGGUCAAGGGCACGGUCCGGAGGGUCAUCCUCCGCGGAGAGGUGGCCUAUAUUGACGGACAGGUCCUUGUGCCCCCGGGGUACGGCCAGGAUGUGCGGAAGUGGCCCCCCGCCGUGGCCGCCACCGCAGCCCCCCUCCCGGUGCCCCCCAAAGAGGUCCUGAAGACCCCCGAGCGCUCCCUCCCCGCGGGGCAGGCGGAGGCCCUGCGUUCCCGAGCGGCCAGUCCACGCAGGGCCCCUCCCGUGGGGGACACACGCUUCUACUUGGCCCCCCGGAUCCACCGCGCCUCCGACCCCGGGCUCCCAGCCGAUGACCUCAGGGAAAGAGUCAUCAAGAGAACCGCAGAGCCAGAGCUUCCUCUGGUGCAGGACGGGCCGCUCUUCCUCUCGGGCCCCCUCCCCCGGCAGAGCUCCCCCCAGAGCGCCCCCCACCCGCAGCCCUCCCCCUUCCUGCACCCGCUCGUGGGCCAGCACGUCCUCUCCGUCCAGCAGUUCACCAAGGGACAGCUGUCGCACCUCUUCAACGUGGCGCACAACCUGCGGAUGGUGGUGCAGAAGGAGCGCGGCCUGGACCUGCUGAAGGGGAAGGUGAUGGCCUCCAUGUUCUACGAGGCCAGCACCCGGACCAGCAGCUCCUUCGCGGCGGCCAUGUUCCGCCUGGGGGGCUCCGUCCUGCCCUUCUCCGAGGCCACCUCCUCCUGCCAGAAGGGAGAGACCCUCGCCGACUCCGUCCAGACCCUCAGCUGCUACGCCGACGUCCUGGUCCUGCGACACCCUCAGCCGGGCGCCGUGGAGCUGGCCGCCAAGCACUGUCGCAAACCUGUGAUCAACGCGGGCGACGGGGUCGGGGAGCACCCCACGCAGGCAUUGCUGGACAUCUUCACCAUCCGGGAGGAGCUGGGCACCGUCAACGGCAUGACAAUCACAAUGGUGGGCGACCUGAAGCACGGCCGGACGGUGCACUCCCUGGCCCGGCUGCUCACCCUCUACCGCGUCAGCCUGCGCUACGUCUCUCCCGCCAACCUGCGCAUGCCCUCCGACAUCUUCCACUUCGUGGCCUCCAAGGGGAUCAAGCAGGAGGAGUUUGAGAGCAUCGAGGAGGCCUUGCCGGACACGGACGUCCUCUACGUGACCCGCAUCCAGAAGGAGCGCUUUGCCACCGUCCAGGAAUACGAGGCG